UCUGGUGGCGUGACGUCAUAAGGCUGCGCCGCGCUCCCGCGUCUGAGUUUCAGCUGAAGAAAGAGAAGCUCCUGCUGAAGAGACUGAGACACAUCCUAUUAUAAAGAUGGAGAUUAUUAAAGAGGAGAGAGAAGACGUGAAGAUUGAAGACACAUUCAGAGUCAAACAUGAAGAGACUGAGACACACACAGACUUGAGGGUCCUCAAAGAGGAGAGUCAAGAACUGAAUGAUCAAUAUAAGAAUCAACAUGAUUUCGUAACUGGAGACAACUCUUUUAGUUGCUCACAGACUGAAGAGACCGGAAGUAGUAGUUAUUUCCUCUGCCAACCGUGUGGAAAGUGUUUCCUUCAAAAAAGUUUUUUUAAAAGGCACAUGAGAGUUCACACCGGAGAGAAGCCUUACGCCUGCCAACAGUGUGGAAAGCGUUUCAGUCACAAAGAAGCUCUUACAGUACACAUUAGAAUUCACACUGGAGAGAAGCCUUUCACAUGUCCUCAGUGUGGAAAGAGUUUCACUCAAAGUGGAAACCUUAGAGACCACAUGAGAAUUCACACUGGAGAGAAGCCUUAUGCCUGCCAACAGUGUGGAAGAAAUUUCAACCGGAAAAGUAGUCUUAAUAGCCACAAGACAGUUCACAAUGGAGAGAGUCUUUUCACCUGCCAACAGUGUGAAAGAAGUUUCACUCACAAAGGAAGCUUUAACCAACACAUGAGAAUUCACAAUGUAGUGCAGCCUUACACAUGCUCUCAGUGUGGAAAGAGUUUUGAUCAACAUGAAAACCUUAAAGUCCAUAUGAGAGCUCAUAGAGAGAAACCCUACACAUGUUCUGAGUGUGGAAAGCGUUUCAGUCAAAAACGAAACUUUGAAGACCACAUGACAAUUCACUCUGAAGAUCAACCCUACACAUGCACUCAGUGCGGGAAGAGUUUCAAUUACAAACGACGCUUUGAAGACCACAUAAUAAUUCACACUGGAGAGAAGCCUUUCACAUGCCAACAAUGUGGAAAAAGUUUCUACCGAAAAGGUAGCCUCAACAGGCACAUGAAAACUCACAGUGGAGAGAAGCCUUAGACGUGUGGUCUCUGUGGAAAAAGUUACAUAUAUAAAGCAGCCGUUAAAUACCACAUGAGAUUUCACAUAUGAGAGAACUGUUUUUUAUGUCAUCAGUGUGGAAUUGUGGAGUUUCACAGACAGAAAACAUCUUGGGAAACAUGUAACACCAGACAGAAGUGCCAUCACUGUGGAAAGACAAUCUUGAGGUUCACACAAGCUCCCCCGAUACAGUUCAAAAUACCUGAGCAGCGGAUUUGGACUUCGUUUGCACCUGGGUUUAAAAUGUGUUUCGGUUGAUCGGAUCACAGAUAUACUGUCUCCAUAUCACCAUCUCUUUUGUCCACUUUCGACCACUCCUGUCCCCAUUUUUUCAAGGGUGGGGGGGUCAGUGGAUGGGUAAAUGCGUGUUUUCCUUUCAUUAACAUAAUAAAUGUGACAAAACAGAUUUUCUUUUA